UUUAUACAAAGUUUAAUAGUUUACCAGACGAUUUAUUAUGAUUUUUAGCUUGUGAUGUUGUUUAUAAGAUAUAACGUAGGUCCGGUUCUUACUUUGCUGUGCCUGUUCGAGGCAUCUUGGAGUCAAAUCUUGGAGUAUCCAGUUUUCGUGAAUCUGUCUGAUCUGAUCCCGCGGAUAGUGAAUGGCCAACCUGCUGCUUUAGGGGACAUACCCUAUCAGAUAAGUUUCAAAAUGCUUUUGAGACGAACGGCUGGAGCAAAUAGAUACUACAGCUUUUGUGGUGGAGCUAUCAUUAGCCGCAAGAAGUUGCUGACUGCUGCCCACUGCUUUGAAGCCAAACAAUCUGCUUGCUGUACCUCUACAAUCACACAAACUGGCAAGGCAGUGUCGAAAUAUUUCGCGGUGGCCGGUAGCCUGAAAAACAUUGAAGUAUUCCGCGGGGCGAACCCAAAAGAAGGCGGGCAGUGGAGACGGCUUGAGAAGGUCGUUUACCCCAGCUCGUACAAGUUUCCCAAAGGUGACAUCGCCGUGGUGUUUGUGAAGAACAAUUUUAGAUUCAAUGACAAUGUAAAACCAGUCUCUUACGAAAGACGGUUCAGAGACUACAAGGGAUCAUGCAUGAUGUCAGGAUUUGGAUUCGUAGACAGAAAAAAUACCAAAAUGUCAGAUCAGUUGUUGUACGCCGAACUACCGUUAAUGACAUCCUUUUGGUGUAACAAAAACCACAAUAUGAAUAUGAGAAAACAUAUUUGUACUUCAAGCGAAAUAUCGGACACUGCUAAAGGUGAUUCCGGCGGACCUUUAGUUUGUUCUUUCCCCAAUCAAAACGAAUCUAAAGUAUUAGUAGGCGUCCUGAAUGGAAAACUCCUUUAUAAUACCAAAAGAUUGGCGGGCGGUACUAUCUUCAGUAGAGUCUCAGCCUAUUCUAAAUUGAUACGCAAAAGCAAAGCAUGUAGUUACAAUAUUGCGAGCUGGGCUCAAAUCCUGGAGCAGCCCGUGUUCGUGAAUGUGUCUGAUUUGGUCCCGCGGAUCAUCAAUGGAAAACCUGCUGCUUUAGGGGAUAUACCCUAUCAGAUAAGUUUCAAAAGACUGCAGAAACGCGAUAAAAGUAAAAAUAUGUAUAGCAGUUUUUGUGGCGGUGCUAUAAUCGGGACGAAGAAACUGCUAACUGCGGCCCAUUGCUUUAAAUCGGAUGAAUCUAAUUGUUUUUCUACUUAUAUUGUGCAGUCUGGCAAAACGGUGGAGAAAUAUUUCGCAGUGGCGGGGACUCUCAAAAACGAAGAGGCUUACACGGGGGACGAUACAUCGGGAGGCGCACAGUGGAGGCGCCUCAAAGCGGUUACUUAUCUCGGCUCGUACAAGUUUCCCAAAGAUGACAUCGCUGUUGUGAGUGUGAAAGAACCUUUUUCGUACACUACAAACGUAAAGUCAAUCGCCUACGCCAGACGUUACAUGGACUACCGGGGGUCAUGUCUGAUGUCGGGCUAUGGGCGGAUCAGCGAAAGCGUAUGUGAUUAA